AUGGCAUCCUGCCCGAUAGGUCCAUCCUGCCCGAUAGGCCCGGCGCUGGAAUCGGAAUUGCCUUACGAUGUCGAACACGAGCGCGAGUUUUACAAAUACUUCCAACCCGUCAGACUCGGGCUAGUCGGCGUGGUCGCCCAGAAAUCAAGCCCAGACCGGGUUCGCACAUCGCCCGAUAGAGCACUGACGGCAUUCGCUCAACUCGCGACUCUCCGACUCGAUUGUAGACGCGCCGUCAUCUCCUUCUUCGACAGGAACAACCAGUAUAUUCUCGCCGAAGCCACAAAAUCCCUUAGCUUGCAGACCGAACCCGUCGCUGCCCCUGGCGACAACAUAGACUAUGGCGUUUCCAUCGUCCCAAAGAAAGGGAGCAUCUGCGAACACACAAUCAAUGUCCCCUUUGGUGACCACCAGGAAGCCAAGGAUGAGUCAGUCUUUGUAGUAUCCGACUUGUCCAAAGACGAGAGGUUUAACACCAAACCAUACACGGCAGAUCACGGAUGGAGGUUUUAUGCUGGAGUUCCCAUUGUCUCUCCCAAUGGCUAUAAGAUAGGCGCCUUCUGCGUAAUAGACGAGCGGCCUCGAGAUGGCCUCUCUCCCGACGAAGUAGCCUUCUUGAAGGACAUGGCGACAACAACAAUGAUACACCUUGAUAUGCUCCGUUCGCAGUCAGAGAGCAUCAAGGGUGAGAGGAUGGUCCAUGGUCUGGGAUGCUUUGUUGAAGGUAAAGACACUUUGGGUGACUGGAAAGCCCUGGGUGCUGACAUAGAGGCUCCUGACCUCCAACAAGACACAUUAUUUCGUUGGGCCCAGCGUCAAUAUUCGAGACAUCACGACAAGCCCCCUGAUAUUGUGCUGAACGGUGGAAAAGAUUUUCCCUCGCUUCACGAUGUUGGCGUCUCCCUGGAUAUGGAUAGGUCACCCUCACGGCGAGGCUCUCAUGCUUCUUCAAAUACAUCAGCUCAAAUAAUGGAAGACCCCAAGGCGAAGAAGACGUCUCCUACCGACCAUCUCGCUCCCGCGGUCAAAGAGACAUUUGGUCGGGCUGCAAACAUCAUCCGAGAAUCCCUGCAAAUCGACGCCGUUGCCAUCUUCGAUGCUACCGCAAAAACCACUUUUGGUGGUCUCGUCGAUAGCAACGCUCAUGAGCGACCAAAGCGACGAAAAGUCUCCUCCGCUUCGGAGAGUGACUUGUACACUGAAUCUGGUACAGAAAAAUCUAACUCUGAUACUGGUGAGAAUCUGGAAAAGGGAGACAGCGGGAAGCCCUCUGAGAUUCUCGGCAUAUCUACUCUCGAUAUCAAUAGUGCGCGCGUCGACCAGUCAACAAAACUCACUGAUGGCAUGACCGAAGAGUUUGUACGAACGCUUUUGCGCCGUUAUCCCCAUGGUAAAGUUCUCAACUUUGAUCAGGAUGAAGACUCGUCAUCCGAGGAGGAUGCAUCACACCUAGGGGUUAAGGGUGGUACAUCCUCAAAGAAACGCCCAGUCAAGAAACGCAAGCGUCUGAGAUCAAACGAGGCCAGAGUCAUAAGACAGCUGUUCCCUGGAGUCCGCAGUUUUGCUGUUGUUCCCAUGUUCGAUUCUGAUCAGAGAUUCUUCAGCGCUUGUAUAGCCUGGACUUUGGACCCUCACAGGAUUCUUACCACACAUUCCGAACUCAGUUAUCUCGCAGCGUUCAGCGAUUGUACUAUGAGCGAAGUGGCAAGAAUCAAUGCCAAAAUUGCUGAUAAAGCGAAAUCAGACUUCAUCUCGUCUAUCUCGCAUGAAUUGCGCAGUCCACUCCAUGGUAUACUCGGUAGUGUCGAGUGUCUCGAAGACUCGACUCUUGAUCCAUUCCAAGAGAACCUCGUGCAUACUCUGGCCACCUGCGGCCACACUUUGCUGGACACAAUCGAUCAUUUGCUCGACUUUGCCAAGAUAAACAACUUUACCAGGAAGAGCACACAAACACGUGUAAGCACUUCGAAUCCAAGCGAACAGAAGCAGAACUUUGCGCUGGAUAUCGAUGUCGACUUGAGUGUGGUGACCGAAGAGGUGCUAGAGACUGUCUUUGCUGGCCACGACUUUAUCAGAGCUGGUCGUGAGACUGAGCAGAUGCCUAUAGCAAACAAACAAGUCGAGGCAGGUGCGAAAAGCCAGGAUGGUGAUCGAAAUGUCUCAAUCGUUGUCGACAUCUCAAAGGCUCAAGACUCACAUUGGAUUUUCAGAACCCAGGCCGGAGCCUGGCGCCGCAUUCUGAGCAAUCUCUUCAACAACAGUCUGAAAUACACGAGUAGCGGAUUUAUCCAAGUCAAGCUCGACAGCGAGCCAUUGCCUUCGAAGGAACAUGGAGGGUCGUCUAAGGUCACGCUCACCGUUACAGAUUCCGGCAAAGGCAUGUCGAAAGAGUAUCUCGAGAAGAGUCUGUUUACUCCAUUUGCACAGGAAGACCCAAUGCAACCAGGCACAGGAUUGGGCUUGGCAAUCAUCUCCGCCAUCAUCAAAUCCAUGGGGGGCGAGAUCGAAGUUGAAAGUGAACAAGGCAAAGGAACCAAGACCACUGUUACUUUGACGAUGAUGCACACCCCAGUAAAAGAGGAGGAAGUGGAUCGAAGUGUAAUCACAAGCGCUGCUAAGAAGACCCAAGGAUUGAGGAUCGGCUUCAUUGGAUUUGAUGCAGACUCCUAUGAGAAGGAGCCGCAGCCCGAGAUUCGAUCGCCACAGAAUGCAGAGCAUAGGUUCAUGGCCUCUUUCCACAGGAUGUGUCAGAACUGGUUCGGAAUGGAUAUGCAGAUCACCCAAGGGCUGGAUCAGUCCGGUGUCGACGUAUUCCUUACCACUGAAAAGGGGCUUGAGCAAGUCCAAGACCAGCUGGAUAAACGGAUGGAGAACAAUUCUGACCAAGAAGCUCAAAACCAAGUGGCCGAUAUUCCACUGCUGGUCAUUUGUAACAGCGUCUCUGCCGCCAACGCCAUGAUGCACAACCCCAAGCCACAUGUCACUGGAGUUUUGUCUCAGCCAUGCGGACCACGGAAGCUAGCAAAAUCACUCACGCUUUGCCUGGAGGCCAACAAGAUUGCCAAGACACAUAAACCUAUGCUCUCUGUCCGUAAGGUGUUGGACGACAGCUUGGGAGAUGGUCAACAUUUGCGAGAUAGCUCAUUCCAGAAGGUCCUGGACUCAGAGAACCACGCCGCAGCCGAGGAAGCGAGGGAAAAGGGUCACUUUGGAGAUGCGCCGCUAAAACAUCCUAAAAAGGACACUUUGGAGAUUGUACAAGGCAGAUCAAGGAUACCCAAACUGGACACGACACCGCUGGAUAAUACUGAGACCCCCUCUUCACCAGCACCCACCACUGGAUCCAUGAGUCCUUACUCUAGAACAAAUUCGGAUUCAGAUAAGCCUGUCCGCAAAGUGCUUUUAGUGGACGACAACAGAGUAAACCUGCAGCUGCUUGUCACGUACAUUAAGAAAAGCGGCCACGCAUUCAUGACAGCAAGCAACGGUCUCGAAGCCCUGGAAGCCUACCAAUCACAAUGCGGGAAAGCAAAGGACGGCGAUGCGGCAAUAGAUUCGCCAUUCGAUUAUGUUCUCAUGGAUCUAUCGAUGCCCAUCAUGGAUGGCUUGACCUCGACUCGCAAGAUCCGUGCUCAUGAAAGAGCGAAUAACAUCAAACCUACUACAGUCAUUGCGCUUACCGGAUUGGCAAGUGCACAAGCGCAGCAAGAAGCCUAUAGCAGUGGCAUCGAUACUUUCAUGACCAAGCCUGUAAAGCUCAAGGAGUUGGGCAAGAUGCUGGAUGCAGGUAUCUUUGAAUCUUCGUCGUGA